AUGGCGGCUGGGUUGGGGAAAAUCGAGGACGUGCAGCAGCAACGGCUUGGUGAUGUGCUGCACAUCCCAAACAGGCCCACUACGCUACUCCCAACACUAUCUCUCUUGGUCGCCUCGUUCCUAUUCCUUCCGUUCCUGUUUCCUGACCUCGCCUCGUUUGAGCGCACUGCGGACUUGAUUACUCACCUCCGCUCGCUCGAUUCUAGCUACCGCGCUGCUUGCACUGACGCACAGCUUGCACUACUUCCUCCCCCCAUUGCAAUUACUAUUGAUUUCAUCGCCACCGGCCUCCUUGACCUCUUUGCCUCGGUUCUUGAUGCGCUUCUUUUGAAGCACCCUACUGAGCUCACUAUCGGGGUCCUUGAGUCUGCGCUCAAGGAUGUCGAGAGCAACCUCCGCUCCAUAGCCUCCGCCUCUGGUGCUGUGCCCCCUCCGCUGUUUCACGGGUGCACUGUCCCUCAGCUGCCCACCUUCACUGCCUCCUUCGCCACUGCCGCUAGUGACGUGACUGCAGCUGCUGUUACGACUUCUUCGUGGUCUCGGGGUAGGAGUGGCAGGAGGGGUGGUCAUGGUGCGGGCGGAGGCGGCGGAGGCAGCGGGGGUGACGUUGUGAGCGGUGGCGGUGGGAGUGCAGGAGCUGGAGGAGCUCCUCGUGCAGCGGCUGGUGACUCCACUGCAGCGGCUGGUGGAGGUGACGCUCUGGUUCGUCAGCCACCUACAGGCCUGCCAGACGCAGGGGGUGGAGCAGCGGCGUGGUACCUGACUCGGCAGCACCAACAGAUGCAGCCCCCCCUCCUCGCAGCAGCCACAGCAGCAGCAGCGGCAGCAGCAGGUUUUGGUGCAGGGGUAGCUGUGUCUGGUCACGUUCCCGUGUUUAGACCAGUUGUUGCGUCUUGCUCCUGCCGGUCGCUUGCCCACCCCACGUUUCUGUGGCACCACCAGAUGGGGCACCCGUCCCUUCCUCGUUUGCGCGCUAUGUCUAGUCAACGUCUUGUCUUAGGCCUCCCGCGUGUCUUGACGUCGCUGCUGCCUUCAAUUGCACCACCGUGCGGUCCCUGCGUCGAGGGUCGGCUGCGCGCCACCCCUCACUCCUCCUCCCUUCGUCCGGCCACCGAGCCUUUUGAGACGCUCCACUUCGACGUCUGGGGCCCCGCCUCUCGCCUUGGCCCUGAGCGUGAGCGUUUCUUUCUGGUGGUCGUUGACGACUACUCCACAGUGUUCCCCCUGGCGAAGAAGUCAGAGGGCUCCUUUGACUUCACCUUUUACCACCCUCCCCUUCACCGGUUCUUUGACUCCCGUGACAUCAGUUUCGACAAGUCCGUCCCCUACUACGUUAGCUAUUGA